AUGCAGAUAUCGCACCCAGCCGUCGUGUUGAAGACUGGUUGGUUGAACAUGGGUUCGGGAGAUAAAAACCCUAGUUCCCAAGUCUCGCUUAGCGAGCCAACUAGCGCCGGAAUUCCACUCUGGCUGGAAAAUCCAGAGAAGAACGUCGUUGAAAACGUCCGCCAUCGAUCGCAAUCACCCUUCGACGACACCCGCCCACGACCAGCUUCGGGACCGCAUAAUACCGCCAAGAUGGUCGCCGCAAAGAAGCAUAUCCCGAUCGUGAAGAAGCACAAGAAGCGCUUCAACCGCCACCAGUCAGACCGCUUCAAGUGCGUCGACCCGUCAUGGCGGAAACCUAAAGGUAUCGACAGCCGUGUCCGCAGACGGUUCAGCGGCCAGGCUGCUAUGCCAAAGAUCGGUUAUGGAAGCAACAAGAAAACCAGACAUAUGACCCCCUCCGGCCACAAGGUCUUCCUCGUUCAGAACCCCAAGGAUGUCGAGCUUCUGUUGAUGCACAACCGGACCUACGCUGCUGAGAUCGGCCACGCUGUUUCGUCAGGAAAGAGAAUCGACAUCAUCGCCAAGGCCAAGGCACUCGGUGUCAAGGUCACCAACCCCAAGGGCAGACUCACCACUGAGUCGUAGUCAUGUUUUGUUUUCUUUUUCUUUUUCCGUUUUACGUUUAUGUCUGGGGUCCGAAAGGCUUGGGAUUUGGCGAAAGCAUUAUUUGAUAAAUAAAAUAGCCGUUGAAAAUCCUUAUUUGAAAAUUUAAACAACAAAAAAGGAAAUAAUUAACGGAAAUGAAAACUGUUAUUUUACUUUGUCCCCCUGUGUUUGCCGGCUGCGUAUUCAUUUUUGUCGUGGUUUUCCUGCUAUUUUUAUCGCUGGACUUCUGCGGUUCACAACGGUUUUCUCCAGACCAAUCGACAUCGUGUAGGGAAACCUAAAUUCUUGAACAGUCCCGAGUCAUACUCACCGUCGAUUUACUGUGUAGUGCCUCUUCACACUCUUCUCCACUGGCGCUUAUCCAAGCUGUCGUCUGCAUCUAAUUGCACAGGGUUAACGGGGUAUCAGUAUCCUCCCAGGGUAUUGGGAACUGGAAGGAAGCAAUCUCAGAUACCCCCAUCCCCAGCUGUCUUUCAGAUCAACUUGUUGACUUCACACUCUAGCUAGCACACACCUGCUGUAGCUAUGUACAACUGCCGGGUUGGCCGUCUCCCACCAAUCACCACUUACUAGCAAAACUUUACUAGGAGUGGUGUAAGAGAACACAGCAACUCCUCCUCGCAAAACACAACUCUUAGGAUUAUUCAGAAGGCCCUGUUCACAUCUUUUUCCUACUUCUCAGCAUGCUGCACCAACCUUUGUGCGUGAGACGUGGACAAGGGGUCCCCACGAUAGCAUCCAAAUAAUUUCUUACCGACCGAACUCUUGGACUCUUGAGAUCAUUUCAGCGCAAAGCAGAGCGCCGGAGAACUUUUCAAGGUCUUCGUUUAUUCACUGGCCAUCAUUCUGCUAAGGCAAUAUGACCCCUAGAUUUAUAAUAUCCCACUCCAAUGUUCACAGGGGGGGUUGGUGGAGGGGGUUGGUCCGGUUCCAAUGUGUGCUGCUGCCAGUAGUACUAGUAUCUUAUUUAAAUGCCCUUUUAUACAUUAUUAUCCCUCUCCUUGGAUUUCUUAUGAACACAUCUAAACCAAAC